AUGCCGACCGCCAAAGUCCAGGCCGAGAGUCACCAAUCCACUGGCCGGUCGGCCUACUCCUCCGGCAACUACGCCGAAGCCCUGACACACUUCGCCGCAGCCCUCGCGCAACCGAACCUGCCGGCGGCACUGCGCGCAAGCAUACUGGACAACCUCUCCGCCACGAAGGAGAAACUUGGCGGCGAAGCGAACCUAGCGGACGCGCUGAGCCACGCUCGCGCCAUGAUACGAUUACAACCCGCGAGCGCGGAGGGCUACCUGCGCGGGGGGAAGGUAUUGCAGCUGUCGGGAAGGGACGGGGACGCUGUCAGGUUGUACGAGUACGGGAUCUCCAAACUCCCGUCCGACGGCAGCGGCGUCAGAAGGGCGCGGUUGGGAGCGCAGAUUGCCAAGGUCCGCUCCAGAAUUGCUGCUCGGCAGGGGGCGGUAUCCUGCGAGCCUCAACGUCGGGAUCCGUUCGCUGCGCUGCCGCUCGAGGUGGCGCAGAUUGUGCUCUUGCAUGUUCCCUUCCGCGCGCUCAUGCUCGCGCGCGGCGUCUCGCGCGGUUGGAAGACUUUUAUCGAGUCUGCGCCUGGGACUUUUGACACGUUGGACUUGCGCGAGGCGCGGAGGUCCGUUGGUGGUGGUGCGUUUAAAGCGCUUGCCCGUGCUUCGCGGGGGUGUGUGCGCGUGGCGAGGCUUGCGCGGUUGAAGUCUAAGUGUGGGGAUUUGCUGGCUUAUUUGGUCGCGCGGUCUCCUGGGUUGAGUGUGCUUGAGGUUUGCCGGAGUGAAGCGUAUGCGGAUCUUGCGCUUGCAGGUGCUGUCAGGGAUGGGGCGAUUAGGGGGUUGCGAUCGCUGGUUUUGGACGUUGCGUUGGAUAUUACGGAGGUGUUUAGGAUACUGCGUGCUUGUGUGGCGGGUGGGCUUAAGGAGGCGAGCUUUGAGAGUGUGCAUGUCGAGGGCUCAGUGAGGGGUUCUGGCUUGCUACAUGAGAAUUCCCCUCUGCGUAGUUUGGAGAAACUUAGGAUUGACGUUGUGGAGUCGGUGAUUUACCUGGCCGUUACUCUCGUAUCCUCCCCUCCCCCCUCCCUUCAUUGCGUCAUGAAGUAUCAUUCGCUCACUGACGAUAACAUGCAUAAAGUCCACUCUCCUGAAAGCCUUCCCAAACCUCCGCAUCCUCGAACUUCCCGGCACCUCCAUCUUCUCGGAAGACGAACACCUAGACUUUACCCCGCUCCCACACCUCGCAACUCUCCACUACUCCCAGCCCUCGCGCCCGCGCUACCCCUUGCUCCCCUCGUCAAUAGCCUCCCUAACCAUAACUGAAACCUUCGCAACGUACACAACGCCCGACCUCCUCUCCUCCCCUUUACCCUCCCUACACUCCCUAUCUUUCGACACGAGCCCCAGCCUCACCACGGAAACCUUGACAACCAUCCUAUCCCCUCCCACACCCAUCGAAUGUCUGACCACGCUCCGACUGGAGAUGUGCCCGAAGCUGGAUUUUACUGCCGUGUUCGCCUUCUUGCGCGAGAGUGGGCUGGCAGAGCACUUGCAGACAAUGUCGGUGAAGGGGAAUGCCGCGUUCCAGGAUGAGCUCAGCGUGGAGUUCACAGCGUUUGUUGGGCUGCGGAGCGUGGAUGUGGGGUUUACUGGGGUUAGCGGGGUGGGGGUCUUGAAUAUUGCUGUUAGGGCGGGAAAAGGGGGUACGGGGGGUGACCGAGAUGGGCUAGGAGUUGAAUGGAUUGGGAUUGAGGGGUGUGGGUGUGUGGGUGUUGAUGCUGUAGAGAGGGUUAGGGGGCUAGGAGUUAGGGUUUUUCAGGGCAGGGGGAGAGGCGGGAGGAGGGAGAAUGGGAGGCGGGUCAGGCACGAAUAG